AUGAAGUUCGCUUCAAGCUUCCUCUCAGCUGCCCUAGCUUCAGUCAUCCCUAUUUACAGCACACCUGGAGUCACAACCGUCUCCGAUGUGGAAUCAGACAUUGCUACGAUAAUUUCUCGAACACGAGCGCUCCAGAAAGCUUUAUCCAGCUUUCCAGACACAGGAGGGUCGUUGACUAUGGCGUUGUCUAUCCACCUUGACGUAGUCAAUCUUCGUGCUUCGCUAGAUAAAGGCUCUGCUCGUGUCAAGCGAGUUCAACCACUACCUGUCUCCUUGGAAGAUGCGGAACGAAUAUUGGAAGCGAUAAAGUUUGUAAAGCCAAUCAUAAUAUCUGCUCUUGAGCAGAUUAUUCUAAAGAAAACCGCUUUCGAGUCGGUUGCAUCUGGUGUAGCCACAUCUAUCAUAAAACGAGACCUUGACGGUCUGAACGCUGGCAUCUCGGACAUGGGGUCUGCUAUUAUUGCCUUUUCUCCGCCCGAGUUGGUCAAAGUUGGAAAUGAAAUUAAAGCUGAAAUAGACGCCGCAAUGGAACUUGCCCUCAAAGCCUACAAUUGA